GUUUUGUGAGUCGGACGGAGCGCAUCAGUUUGUCAGCGCACAGGCGACUACACGACUAUCGGCACAUUUUUUUUGUGGAUAUUUUAACUGCAUUCUUUUAAUACAGGACAGGAUACACACACAACCAAGUCGAUCUGAUCCAGAAAGUGACCCAGGUGCCCUCGCUUUAAAGCGAAAACCCUCCCCCUUCCCCCCAACUGGGAACCCCCACAGACCCAGAUAACAUGGACGGAUUCUACGACCAGCAAGUCCCAUUUAUGAUCCCACCCAAUCACAAGUCUAAUGUGGAGGAACCAUCGUACAGCAGGCCUCUAAACGACAGGAAAAGGAAAUUUGUUGACACAGAACUUGCCCAGGACACAGAAGAACUGUUCCAGGACCUCAGUCAGCUGCAAGAGAUCUGGAUUGCAGAAGCCCAGGUGCCUGAUGACGAGCAGUUUGUCCCAGAUUUCCAGUCGGAUAGCUUGAUGUUUCAUGGCCCACCACCAGCCAAGAUCAAACGAGAGCUGACUCCCUCCAAAGAGCUCUCUCCUUGUCGCCAGGACAGGAGUCCCAUGCCCUACGGAGAGAAGUGCCUUUACAGCUACAGUGCCUAUGACAGGAAGUCCACUCCUGGUUUCAAGCCAUUAACUCCUCCCUCCACACCCGUCUCUCCUUGCGGCCCCACCAGCGCUGCAGGAACACACCCACUCAGUGAACAAAACCCUCCCCCCCACCCCCACGUAGCCAACCAGACUCCAGGGCCACGUCCACUGCAUGUACAACAGCCUAUAACAGCAAACGCUGGCCCUGCUAACCAGCGACCACUCCAGCUCCACAGCCAGAGCCCACCCUUCGCUGUGCCCUGCCCACCGAUUAGCCAGGAUGCCAACAACUUCAGCCCCGAGCACAGAUUCCAGAGGCAGAUGUCCGAGCCAUGUCUACCCUUUCCCCCAUCAGAGAGUCAAGCGCGCCCCCAGUUCCUGCCUCAGCCCCCCAGCAGCAACAACAGUCUGCCACGCGAUGGCCGGCCACCUUACCACCGGCAGAUGUCAGAGCCCCUGGUCGCCGUGCCUCCUCAGGGUUUCAAGCAAGAGAUGCUUGACCCACGAUACAGCGAGCAAGGUGUGCCCACCAUGGGUCCACCAGGACCAACCACGGGCCAGCGUCAGGCUGCUUUCCACCCCAUGGCCAUCAAGCAGGAGCCCCGGGACUUCUGCUUCGAUUCUGAAGUGCCUAACUGUCAGUCAUCCUUUGGAAGAGCAGGGAGCUUCUACCAAAAUAACCAUGAAAGCUUCUCCUUUGACAGAGAUACUCACCUGUACUAUGACGAUACCUGUGUGGUCCCCGAGAGACUGGAAGGUAAAGUAAAGCAGGAACCUUCUGUGUAUCGCGAUGGACCUCCCUACCAGCGACGUGGCUCCCUGCAGCUCUGGCAGUUCCUGGUCACUUUGCUGGAUGACCCAGCCAAUGGCCACUUCAUCGCCUGGACUGGUCGUGGCAUGGAAUUCAAACUCAUUGAGCCUGAAGAGGUGGCACGCCGCUGGGGCAUCCAGAAGAACAGACCGGCUAUGAACUACGACAAGCUGAGCCGCUCACUGCGCUACUACUACGAGAAGGGCAUCAUGCAGAAGGUAAAGGUGGCAGGUGAGAGGUACGUGUACAAGUUUGUGUGUGAUCCCGAGGCUCUGUUCUCCAUGGCCUUCCCCGACAACCAGAGGCCCAACCUGAAGGCUGACCCCGACAGCCUGCCAGGAGUGGAUGACGACACGCUGCCCCUCACCCACUACGACGACACUGCCCCCUAUCUGCUGGAUGCCGGAGAGCAGUGCGUGGCGGGCUUGCCCUUCCCGGACGGCUAUGGCUACUAACAUGCAGUGGGGUCCUGACACAUACACACAUGUACUCGCAAACAAUCCCAAAGUCUUGAGAAACCCACUCUUAAAAAGUCCAGAGCUGGAACUGCUGAGCAGCCUGGAACAAAAACCUGGCCCUCUCCCCUUUCGUCGUUUCUUCUCCUCCCCGGACUGCCCACGUACAGAUUAAAUCUCCCCAGCUAAGAAUGAAUGAGCAAAAAACCUGCAAACAACCAACAGCUUGUCCAUGGCAUCAUCAUAGGAGAGAGAAAGAAAUAGAGAGAGAGAAAACGGGAGAGGGUUGCAAAAAAGUAAGGGUGGAUUGGACUCCAGCAGCUCUGCCCACCUACUUGCGCCUUAAGUUAGGUAAGGCAAGGGGCUGCUGUUGCUAUGGAGACCAAAAGGAAGCAAAGCCACAGGCCUGCAACUUUGAAAGGACUGCCAGACCCCCUUUGUGCAAGACUGAGAGUUGUUGCAAUUCUGAUUUUGUGACAAUCUGCUUUUCUUAAAAACAACUGAAUAACCUAUAGAGUAAAAAAAAAAAAAAGUUUUAAUUCUGACAAGAUAUUCUAAAUGCAGCACUAUUCUGUAGCUGCCUUUUUUGAGUCCCCACAUUUUGCUGUCACCACAUCUGAACUAUAAGAUAUGUGAAAGGGCUUUAAUUUGAAAAAAAAAAAAAGAAAAAAAGAAGAAGAAGUUUUAAAAACAAACACAUAACCCACAAACCAGUUUUUUUUUCUGUAGAUAUGACAAAAAACUUUUUUGGUUUUUAGUAUGCCAGCUUUUCUACAAUUUAGUUGGAGAAUUUAGUUACCUAGAAGUCCUAGCCCUUAACCGGGUCGUCGCUGUGUUUCAGGCUUAGUUGGAAGGGCUGCUCUCCUGCGUCAGUGUUGUGUUCUUUUAUCCCUUCGCUUGGCUGCUCUCACCUGUGAGUGAAAGGUCGGGGCUAGAGAUCGAGCCAUUGCAUCUGCUUCACUUUACUAGACUGCACCCUACACUCCCUUAGAGUACACUCGACAUCUCUUUGUUUGUCACUAUUGGUUCCUUUAUUGGUGAAGUUUAAAACUGAUUAGUGCUCCAUCGCCUCCAUUUCAAAAGGGAUACAUAAGUACAUAUUUUCCCAGAGGCUUUGAAGAUUUAUACAUGCCUAAGAAAUUGUUAUGUAUGUAUAUGGUCACAUUGUUCCUUUUUUUUUUCCUUUCUUUCUUUCUUUCUUUCUUUUUUUUUUUUUGUAUUUCUAUCCGGGUGCUUAAUGUUUUCUCGGCAGUGUACUAGUUCCUCUGAUGCACCAGUAUGGCAGGAGCAUCGGGACCUUGCAUGCAAAAAGGAAAAGGGUGAUAUUUGACACCUUUUCCUCGGACUCCUCUCUGCCAGUCACAAAUUGUCAACAAGAGACCUCUGCUUCUCUUUGCAUGGUGUACUCAAAUGAGACUGUGUGUCCACUAACAUAUCGCUUUACUCUCUUUGGACAAAGACGACAUUUGUGAUGUUCUCUGCUUUUUUUUUUUUUUUUUUUUUUUUUUCUUGUUUAUGGUCUAUGUUGUUUCUAAAUGGGGAAAAGACAGACUUAUAUAAAGUAUAUAUUUUUGCUAUAAGGCUGCCUAUGUUUUGAUUUUAAUGUAUAAGCUGUAUAGUUAUGCCUAUAACAGACAUGUACCUUCUUAAAAACCAAUUUGGAUCCCUGUGACGCUAUUACUGCAGACUGUUUCUUUAAGAGGCCACUGUAUUGGGUUGGAAAACGGAUAAGAGGAUAUUAUUACCUUGGCUGUAAAGUUUGUGUGUAAAGGCCUGGCUCCCAGCAAAGGCUACGGUGAAGAAAUAUAUCAUCCGAUCCACCCAUGCACAGGGAUUGUCUGCACUUGUAUAGGCUUAAAUCUCCUCCCCUCACAAUGUGUAUCUUACACUGCUGAGUUUAUGAUCAUCUGUACUGGGUACAAUAAACAGUCCUAUAUGCUUCA